AUGCGGGGACCAGGGAGGCUCGGAACAAGGCGGCGGCACAGCGGCCUCCAGCGGGCCGCGCCCCGCUCAGGGCGCCGGCGCCUCAAGGGCACAGCCCCUUCCCCACACGCAGACCCGGCUCCCCGGGAACCCCGCUCCCCCGUCCCACCCGCGAACUCGCCCGGGGACCCUGGGAGCCGCUGCUCCUCCCGGGGUUGCCGGGGGCCGGGGACACAGGGCGCGCGGACACGUCCCGCCCGGGAGGAGCGGUCUCGACUCCGGCCGCCGCGGGAGGAAGUGCCGGGACGGGGCUGCGGUGAAACCACAUCCCCCACGGUGACCCCGAAUGCUUAUGACACUGCACCACGCGAUGAAGAUCUUUUGUCAGCGGAUCGUCCGCUGAGCCCGCCCAAUCUCAGAGGACACGGCCCGUGGCGGGACCCCGGCAGCCCCAGCCGCUCAUUCACAAAUGCCAGGGUCCGGAGCACGGCGGACCGGUACCCCGGCCUCACGUCGCACCUCCUGAGGGGCCCCGACACGGCGUCUGCCCAGGGACUCCCCUCCAACACCCUCAGCCACAACCCUCCAGAUCCCGUUGCCAUCUUUCCUCAGAUGAGCCAAGCUGCAGGUCCUUGCCGGGGUCCCCGCAUCUUCCUGUUCCGGAUCCCCCAGCCCAACAGAGACGACAGUCUGGUUCUGGGCAGUGGUCUGGGCUGCCACCGCCUCUCAGCACCUUCUCCUUCCGCAGGAGCCUUGGCCUCGGAGCUCCAAGGCCCUUCCCAAACUCAGAGUUGGACCGGACCUGCCCGGCAGUCCAGCCCCAUGAGCCCCAACAAGUCCCCGGAGGAAAGCCCAGAGGUAGACACAGGGGGAACAGGGUGGAAGCCCACGCUGGGAACGGAGGGCGGGGACAGGAAAGUCAGGCUUCAAGCGGAGUCUUGGGAAGGACAGGGAAGAGGACCCAGUGACAAGGAGCUGGUCUCUGGAAGUCUGCAGAGUCCUGGCCUGCACCCCUGGGCAACCCCGUCGCAAUGUGCAUGGGAUGGGGGCAUUGGUCCUGUGCAGGAUGACAAAGAUGCUUUCAAAGACAUUUCCAUAUACUUCUCCAAGGAAGAAUGGGCAGAGAUGGGAGACUGGGAGAAAAUCCGCUAUAGGAAUGUGAAAAGGAACUAUAAUGCGCUGAUUACUAUAGGGCUCAGAGCCCCCCGACCAGCUUUCAUGUGUCACCGAAGGCAGGCCAUCAAACACCAGGUGGAUGACACCGAGGAUUCCGAUGAAGAAUGGACACCUAGGCAACAAGUCAAACGUCCUUGGCUGGCCUUCGGAGUGGAACAGAGUAAACGCCAGAAGGGAAUGCCCAGGGUGCCGUUAAGUGAUGAAUCUAAUUUGAAGGAAUUGUCAGGAGCAGCAAAUUUACUGAACACAAGUGGUUCAGAGCAGCCCCAGAAACCAGUGUCCCCUCCCGGAGCAGCAAGUACCUCUGGACAGCACUCGAGACGAAAAUUAGAACUCAGGAGAAAGGAGACUGAAGUAAGGAUGUAUAGCCUGCGAGAAAGAAAGGGCCAUGCAUACAAAGAGGUCAGCGAGCCUCAGGAUGACGACUACCUUUAUUGUGAGAAGUGUCAGAACUUCUUCAUUGACAGCUGUGCUGCUCACGGGCCCCCUACAUUUGUGAAGGACAGUGUGGUGGACAAGGGGCAUCCCAACCGCUCGACCCUCAGCCUGCCCCCGGGACUGAAAAUCAGACCAUCGGGCAUCCCUCAGGCGGGGCUUGGAGUAUGGAACGAGGCAUCCGAACUGCCACUGGGUCUGCACUUCGGCCCGUAUGAGGGCCAGGUCACAGAAGACGAAGAGGCAGCCCACAGUGGAUACUCCUGGCUGAUCACCAAGGGGAGAAACUGCUACGAGUAUGUGGAUGGAAAAGAUGAUGCUUGUGCCAACUGGAUGAGGUAUGUGAACUGUGCCCGGGAUGAGGAGGAGCAGAACCUGGUGGCCUUCCAGUACCACCGGCAGAUCUUCUAUCGGACCUGCCGGGUCAUCAGGCCGGGCUGUGAACUGCUGGUCUGGUACGGGGAUGAGUACGGCCGGGAGCUGGGCAUCAAGUGGGGCAGCAGGUGGAAGGAAGAGCUCGCCGCAGGGCAAGAACCAAAGCCAGAGAUCCAUCCAUGUCCCUCAUGCUCUCUGGCCUUCUCCAGUCAGAAAUUCCUCAGUCAACAUGUAAAACACACCCACUCCUCUCAGAUCUCUCCAAGAACAUCUGGAAGAAAACACCUCCGGCCAGAGAAUCCCUGCCCAGGGGAGCAGAAUCAGGAGCAGCAACACUCUGAUCCACACAGCUGCAAUGACAAAGCCAGAGAUCAAGAAGUCAAAGAAAGGUCGAAACCCUCUCAUAAAAAGACAGAGGAGAGGAGAAUUUCAAGGGCAUUUUCCAGCCCACCCAAAGGAAGAAUGGGGAGCUGUAGGGAGGGUAAAAGAAUAAUGGAGGAAGAGCCGGGAACAGGCCAGAAUGUGGGUCCAGGGGACACAGACAAAUUAUGUGUAGCAGGAGGAAUCUCAAGAAUUCCAAGAGUCAAGUAUGGAGACUGUGGGCAAAGGUUCAGUGAUAAGUCAAAUGUCAUCAGACACCAGAGGACACACACAGGGGAGAAGCCCUGUGUCUGCAGGGAGUAUGGGCGAGGCUUUAGCCAAAAGUCAGACCUAUGCAAACACCAGAGGACACACACAGGGGAGAAGCCCUAUGUCUGCAGGGAGUGUGGGCGAGGCUUUAGCCAAAAGUCACACCUCCUCAUACACCAGAGGACACACACAGGAGAGAAGCCCUGUGUCUGCAGGGAGUGUGGGCGAGGCUUUGGCCGUAAGUCACACCUCCUCAUACACCAGAGGACACACACAGGAGAGAAGCCCUAUGUCUGCAGGGAGUGUGGGCGAGGCUUUAGCCAAAAGUCACACCUCCUCAUACACCAGAGGACACACACAGGAGAGAAGCCCUAUGUCUGCAGGGAGUGUGGGCGAGGCUUUGGCCGUAAGUCACACCUCCUCAUACACCAGAGGACACACACAGGGGAGAAGCCCUAUGUCUGCAGGGAGUGUGGGCGAGGCUUUAGCCAAAAGUCACACCUCCUCAUACACCAGAGGACACACACAGGAGAGAAGCCCUAUGUCUGCAGGGAGUGUGGGCGAGGCUUUGGCCGUAAGUCACACCUCCUCAUACACCAGAGGACACACACAGGGGAGAAGCCCUAUGUCUGCAGGGAGUGUGGGCGAGGCUUUAGCCAAAAGUCAGACCUAUGCAAACACCAGAGGACACACACAGGGGAGAAGCCCUAUGUCUGCAGGGAGUGUGGGCGAGGCUUUGGCCGUAAGUCACACCUCCUCAUACACCAGAGGACACACACAGGGGAGAAGCCCUAUGUCUGCAGGGAGUGUGGGCGAGGCUUUAGCCAAAAGUCACACCUCCUCAUACACCAGAGGACACACACAGGGGAGAAGCCCUAUGUCUGCAGGGAGUGUGGGCGAGGCUUUAGCCAAAAGUCAGACCUAUGCAAACACCAGAGGACACACACAGGGGAGAAGCCCUAUGUCUGCAGGGAGUGUGGGCGAGGCUUUAGCCAAAAGUCAGACCUAUGCAAACACCAGAGGACACACACAGGGGAGAAGCCCUAUGUCUGCAGGGAGUGUGGGCGAGGCUUUAGCUGUAAGUCAAGCCUCCUCAGGCACCAGAGGACACACACAGGGGAGAAGCCCUGUGUCUGCAGGGAGUGUGGGCGAGGCUUUGGCCGUAAGUCACACCUCCUCAUACACCAGAGGACACACACAGGGGAGAAGCCCUGUGGUUGCAAGAAGGGUGAAUAAGUCAUUGGUAGUAAAACUACAUCUCAACAGCCACAGGAGGGCAAAUGUGGCCACCACACACC